AUGGAGGAAGAUUAUGAUUAUUUCAAACAAAAGUACGACGCUCGUGGGUAUCUUGGUUUUACUUCAUUACAAAAGUGUACUGCGGCCAUCCGACAACUUGCAUAUGGCACAAGCGUUGAUUCAUUUGACGAGUACCUGAGAAUGUCUGCCAAGACUGCGCGAGACUCACUCACACACUUUUGUAAAGGUGUGAUUGAGUUAUAUGGGCCGGCUUAUUUACGACGUCCGACUUGGAGUGAUCUCCAAAGGAUGUACGACGUGCAUGAGCACGUUCACGGUUUCCCCGGUAUGAUUGGUAGCAUCGACUGCAUGCACUGGAAGUGGGAACAAUGCCCUACCGCUUGGCAUGGUACACAUACUAGAGGCGAUAUUCGCAAACCGUCGUUAAUAUUGCAGGCGGUUGCAUCUUAUGAUCUUUGGAUAUGGAAUGCAUAUUUUGGUCAACAAGGUUCUCACAAUGACAUCAACGUGUUUGAGUCUUCGCCGGUUCUCGAAGAGAUUAUAAACGGGUUGGCACCAAGUUCCGCGUUUUAUGCGAGCGAUAAUUACUACAAACGCGGAUAUUAUUUAAGUGACGAGAAAACAAGAAGCAGCAAGAAAAGAUAUCGAGCGAGCGUUUGGAGUUCUUCGAAAGCGAUGGCACGUCAUCAAUUAUCCAGCAAGAUACUGGACAAAGGAAAAAAUGCAUGA